UGCCCAGGGAAGGCUUCGGGGCAGGCAUCCUGGAAGCGUGCUCGAGCCCCAGGGAGAGCAGCGGGUGGGAUUCUUGUGUAGUGGAGAAGGAAGACACCCCCGGGGGAUGAGGGGCCAGGGAUCCCCGGCAUUGGGGGAAACACCCUGAGAAAGGGGGAGUGGCGAAGAGGUGCGCUGAUGUCCUGUUGGGGAUGUAGUCGAUGUACUCCAGGGAGAGCUGGUUUCACUCUGAAUUAUUUUCAGACUUUUCAAUGAACUUUGUCCGCCCUUCAAUAACAGCCUCCAGCUCUGCACCGCUAAAAAACCUCCCUGCCUUGUUUCCCUCAGCCCGCAUUGUCUAUACUCAGAACCUCCAUGGCCGAAAUGCUGGCUGCCCCAGCUCCUCUUAUCCCUGCUCUGACUUUAUGUACUUCUGCAAAGUGUCUACUCUGCCUGUAUGAUAUUAAGUAAUCUAUAAUAAUCCUGAAUGGUUAAUUCCCCCUCUCAGCACCAUUUUGGUUGGUCAGCUCCAGGUUAGAAUGAGGUUAGGAGGGGCAGUAGUAUUUUAUAGAUAUCUAAUAUUAUAGAUUUAAACUCGUGAGCCAAAUCAGUUUCGCAUAGGAAUAUGAAAUCUGGAGUGUAAGGUUAUUGAAAUUGAUGAUACUGGUACAAAUUCAUUGCUAGUUUUAAAUAGAACUUUACUCAUCUGAUUAAUGUCUCUUAAAUACUUUAUUUCCAAACAGAGAGACUGAUAAAUACUAGGUUUGGAGGGAAGGGAAGAUGCAGAAGGCACCAGCCCCUUCCUAUUGCAGACCCUGAUUAGUUAAAUUCUCAGAGCUUAUGUGGGAAAAAACUUUUGUAAACCAGGACAUUGAAAUUCCACUGUCUAGGAAUAGAUUUGUGUUGGCUUCUAAAAUGAGAAAAGUAGGCCUCCACAAUCCUGGUGUAUCAGGGUGGGACACAGUCUCAAAGGCUGUGAUCUUGGGCAGAAACCUUUUAAGCUUGAGAGAAAAAGUGUUUGGAUUUUUUUAUGUUUCACUUCUCAGCAGUGUAGUCUUUCUCUCACACGUAUCCCUUAUCCAAGGUAAAUGUUGGCUUUAUAUGUGCUAGUUUGUUCAGUUCAGUCUCUGACAGGAUUUAUUUAUAGAUGCUUUCACAUGAACAGAAGACCAGUUUCUCUUUUUCUGGUGAAUCUGGGAAGUUCCUGGCAGUCAGAAGGCUAUGUGAUGUGAGCUGGCCUUAAACACUCCAGGAAAUUUAUUUGGGAAGAACCUCUCUUUCCUGUGUUUUAGGAAGAAUCUGCACAUGACUGUAGCAUUGUGUAUCUGUCUAAUUUGCCUGACUAAUAGUGGGGCAGAGAGAGAGAGAGGUCCUAUUUUUGGUGCUGCUUUUCCUUCCCUGGUCCAUACAACUUUAAUUUUAAUUACAAACAUUUCUGUAGAAAACUUGGGUCUGAUGAAAAGUUCUCCAUUGACAACCCUGGACACUAAACUCUGCAAAAUAGAUCCAGCUCAGGUCUCACAGAGCAGUCAUCUCUGUCCAAGCUGUAUGCAUAGCCAGGUUCCUAUAGAUGCAUCAUCUGGUUAGUAUAUAGGAUAUAAAGGAAGACACUGUUUGUACUCUAAUGAGCUUAGUUACAUUUGAAAUAAAUAAAGACUAGACACAUGCAUACAUACCCUACCUCUCCCUCAUGCUUGAUGCUAAUUUAGAGCUUGUUUUUAUUUGCUGUCAUGGGUAAGCAUUUGAGAGCAUCAUGGAAGUAGUGAAAUGCUGCCUAAAUCCAACUCCCAAAUUUAUUGCUGAAAUGUCAUAUUGUUACUGGGACAACACACAGGUGCCUAUUUAUGACCCUAGUUCAGAAUUCAGUGGAACUAAAGGUGUGCCUAAAGUUAGACACCUGUUUUGUAUUGCUAAAUCCAGUCUGUAUCUCUUCUGCAUGAUAUAACCAGCAAUCUAGAAUUACGGCUACUGAUCAAAAAAGUAACUAGUUCAUGUCAUAGGAGAAUGUCAUGGUGUUUUACAAGAACUUGAGCAUAAUCUCAUAUAUACGUGAUCUUUACAUUGGUUCUGGAAUAUUAUUGCAUUUGCAGUUUUAUUUCAAUGACAUUGGAUUCUCCCAGUCUCUUUACAGUUGUGGAUUGACUUUUUUGCCUUCAAUAACCAAAGGAGAAAGGGCAUGUUUUCUAAAGUAACUUUUACAUAUACACAUUUCGGCUGCAUUUUCCAAGGAGCCUACAAUUGUUAGGCCCUGACUCCUAUUGAAUUUCAAUAGGACUGUGGUUCCUUUAAAAUUCCAAGCCCCUCUCAAGAACUCUGAGUGCACAAUCAAACUUUCUAAUGUUGGAAUAAGUGUGUCUACAAAUUAAAAGAUAAUCUAAACUUGAAAGUUCUUUCUGAUUACUGCAUGGUAUGAAAAGCAUUUGCAUUUUAAAUUCACAGCAUUCAGUAAACAGAACUUCCAAGUAUAGAUUAGCUUUUAGUUUUUAAAAGUGGCUGCAUAAAACUACACACUUGUUGGCGCGCAAAACUGCGCACUUGCACUUUUAGUAACCUGCACCAUUUAAGUUGUUUGUGCACACAUAGCUUAGACAGCUAAUCUUGAUAGAUGCAAUCUGUGUUUGGCAAAAAAAAAAAAAAAAAAGCAGUAUUUUAUUUCUCCUCGUAAGUGUAGAUUUGACUUGAGUUUAAGAUUUUAAACUCAAUUAUUUGAGCAUGUGAGCAAGUUAAAAUUCCCAUACUAUUCUUUCAUGCAUCUGAUGUUGCAACUCAUGAAAGCUUAUGCCAUAAUACAUUUGUGAAUCUUUACGGUGCCACCAGACGCCUUUUUGUCAUUACAGGUUGCACCUCCCAAAUCUGGGAUUCUCUUGUCCGGCAACAUUCGUGAUCCUGCAUGACCACAGAUGUUCCUGGAUGAGAGAGCCCGAGGGCUGGAGGACCAGCAUCUGGGAGCCCAGUGCAACUCUGGAGCCUUCAGGAUGGCAGCAGAAGUGGAACUCAGCCACAUCCAGUCAGCAUCUGAAAUGGCAGAGGGAAAGGAUGGCAAACACAAUUUUCAGUCCAUGAUGUUCCUGGAGCCUACAGAGGCGAGCAUUGAUAUAAAAGCACUUCUGGUCAAGAAAGCGAAGAAAAUUUGCAGUUGCACCCCAGCCAAAGUUAAAGACCUGAUAUUCAGUUUUCUCCCAGUCUUGGAGUGGCUCCCCAGAUAUAAACCGAGAGAGUAUCUCCUGGGAGAUAUAAUGUCUGGUGUGAUAGUGGGCAUCCUGCUGGUUCCACAGUCCAUUGCCUAUUCCCUGCUGGCUGGCCAGGAACCUAUUUAUGGACUUUACACAUCUUUUUUUGCCAGCAUUAUUUAUUUCGUGUUUGGUACGUCUCGUCACAUAUCAGUUGGUAUUUUCGGUGUGCUUUGCCUGAUGGUGGGACAGGUAGUGGACCGCGAGGUAGAGAGAGUUGGGUAUCACAUGGAGCCCAGAGUUCCCAGUGGCCUUCGCAGAGAGAUGGCAAUUUAUGUAAAUACCACCUCUUUGGCUGUGAACCAGACUUUAUGUGAUAGAAGUUGCUAUGCAAUUGUUGUGGGAGCCACGGUGACCUUCGUAGCUGGAGUUUAUCAGGUUGCUUUGGGCUUCUUUCAGGUGGGCUUUGUCUCAGUGUACCUCUCCGAUUCCUUACUCAGCGGAUUUGUCACAGGUGCCUCCUUUACUAUCCUAACGUCCCAAGUGAAGUAUCUCCUGGGCCUGGACAUUCCACGCAGCAGUGGCAUUGGCUCCCUCGUCACCACUUGGAUAAACAUCUUCAAAAACAUCCACAAGACCAAUAUCUGCGACCUCAUCACCAGCUUCUUGUGUCUUCUUGCCCUAGUCCCAACCAAAGAACUGAAUGAGCACUUCAAAUCCAGACUCAAGGCCCCCAUCCCCAUUGAACUGGUUGUGAUUGUGGCAGCCACGCUGGCAUCUCACUUCGGGAAGCUGAAGGAGAAUUAUGGCUCCAGUAUAGCUGGACACAUUCCAACUGGGUUCCUGCCACCCCAUCCACCCAAAUGGGAUCUGAUUCCUAGUGUGGCAAUAGAUGCAGUUGCCAUUGCCAUUAUUGGCUUUGCUAUCACUGUGUCCCUCUCUGAGAUGUUUGCCAAGAAGCAUGGUUACACAGUUAAGGCCAAUCAGGAAAUGUACGCCAUUGGCUUUUGCAACAUUAUUCCCUCUUUCUUCCACUGCUUCACAACUAGUGCAGCUCUUGCUAAGACUCUUGUCAAAGAGUCAACAGGCUGCAGAACUCAGAUCUCUGGUGUGGUGACCGCGUUGGUCAUCCUGUUAGUUCUGCUUUUGAUUGCACCUCUCUUCUAUUCCCUUCAGAAAUGCGUGCUGGGGGUCAUAACCAUUGUGAACCUCAGAGGAGCCCUGAGGAAGUUCAGGGAUCUGCCAAAAAUGUGGCAUUUGAGCAAAGUGGACACAGUGAUCUGGUUAGUCACGAUGGCUGCUUCGGCACUGAUUAGUACUGAAAUUGGCCUGCUUAUUGGUGUCUGCUUCUCAAUGCUGUGCAUUAUUGUGAGGACUCAGAGACCAGAGGCAUCAUUGCUCGGCCAGGUGGCAGAGACUGAAAUGUACGAAUCCCUGUCUGCCUAUAAGAACCUGAGGAUGAAGCCAGGCAUCGUGGUUUUCCGUUUUGAAGCGCCUCUCUACUAUGUCAACAAGGAAUGCUUUAAAUCCACUCUUUAUAAGCAGACAGGAGUCAACCCCGCCAGGGUGAAGGCAGCCAAGAAAAAGGCAGCAAAGCGAAUGCUGAAAGAGAAAAGGGCAAAUUCUGAUGGCAGCCCGGCAGACGUCUCAGUGCAGCUUGUCACUGAGCCGCUGGUGUGUCACACCAUAGUGAUUGACUGCUGUGCAGUACAGUUCUUGGACACAGCAGGGAUCCACACACUUAAAGAGAUCUGCAAAGAUUAUGAGGAAAUAGGCAUCCAGGUGUUGUUAGCCAAGUGCAACGCCUCUGUGAGGGGUUCCCUGCACCGGGGCGAGUAUUUUAAAAAAGGGGAACCAAAUGUCCUCUUCCACAGUGUGCAUCAGGCUGUGGACUUUGCCUUGGGUACGCACAAGCACAAUGGGUGUUCAGCUGCUAAAGAGUAGUGCUGGGAAGGUGACAACUGUGUGUACGAUCAGGGGAAAAAAUUGAGGAUGUACAUGUAAUAUGUGUGCACUCACACUGGUACAUGCAUCAAAAUCCAGGGGUAUUGUUCCCCAACUGGAGGAGUGUAGAGCAUACAGUGUGCUUCAGCGCUUUAAUGGUGCUCUCCUGGUUAAGGUAAUUGGGUAAGUAGUUGCUGAAUAUAGGCAUACUCGGUGGGAUCAUGAUUAACUAGUUAAACCAAUGUUUUUCACGAUCCCUUUGUGUAUUCCCUGUUGGACUCUCUGUAUCCCAAUACCUACCUCCCCUUUAGACCUUCACCCUUUAGGUCCUUAUUACAGCCACCAUCUUUCUGGCCUACACUUCCCUUGGCAGCUGUCAGUGCUUCCCCUUAGUGAAAUACUGGGCACACUGCCGCCCCAUUGCUCAGCCCUUGUACUGGCCAAGGAACAAGUGAGAUACUCAGCUCUCUUGGGUUAUUCUCUGACAUGACAAGAGAUGGGGUUUUUCUCCCGGAUGAGGGCCUGGGUCUGGCUUUUGCAGAGAAUUACAGUUCACCCUGAGAAAGGGGAAGUGACAAGUAGAUUUCUUUUGUGUGUGUGUGACUUGUGCAUGUUACCUAUUCUGCAAGUCAGGCACAGAGAGAAAUUCAGGAGUGAUUUGCAAUCAAGGGAGCGAGCCUUGGAGCCAAGGUCUGCAGAUUUGGGCUCACACUAUGGUGCUGAAAACAGCAGUGUAGGUUUUUGAGUUGUGGCUGGAGCACAAGCUCUGAAUCCCCCUUGCCUCAGGUGUUAGAGCCCAGCUCCAGCCUGAGCUGGAAUGUCUAUCUACAUGACUAUUUUUAGUGCUGUAGCACUGUAGACUCAGGUUCUGAGAUGUGCUGUCCUUUUUGUUUGAGUCCCCAUCCCUAAUGGGAAAGCAUUAAAGUUUAUCUUACUAUCACAUUCUAUUCCCCUUAUCAGAGAGAUCUGCAGAGCAGGGACUCUGUAAGUUCAUACACCUUUGCCUACACAUCUGCACAGAGUUUGUGUCUUCAGAAAUACAACUUGAUGCCUUUUUAGUUUGAAUGGGUUGGGUAUGUAUUAUACAGGUACUUCACAAGAAAAUGCUUUGAACCACUUUUAACCAAAGAUGCCUUAAAACCUAUGGCCUUGCAACCUAUUACUCUUAUCUAGUAGAAAAGGACUGGAGCAAUGAUUUUCUUCUUUAUGCAUGUGCAUGUAUAUUUGUUUGUCAGAAAAGUUUGUCGUUCUAUAUUGUGUUCCUUUGGACAAUCUUCACAGAUUUUUAUUAAAAGCUUUUUGGAGCACAGUACCAGGGAUGGGUUGCAGACGGAAAUCUGUAAGGCAGACUCCUGGUUGUAUUUAAUUAUUUGCUUGUAUUUAAUUAUUCAGCUAAGAGCAAUGGCAUGCUAUAGACACAACCCUACAGAGUCUUAAGAAUUAGGCACGGGAAAAACGUAACUCAUUAUUUAUAGUAAAAGAUUGUCCCCUGCAGCCGAUAUUGUAUUACACGCAGAUUGAAUCAUAUGCUAGAAAUUGAAAAGCUGGAUGAUGAUGUUUAACCAACUUCUGUUGGUGAGAGACAAGCCACACCAAAUUCUUCUUUACCAUGCCUCUCUAAUGUGCUUAGACAGCAUGGCUACAAGAAUAUUACAAGCAGGAAUUAAGAAGGCCUUUUAGAUUAAGGCUACGUCUAGACUACAUGCCUCUGACGACAGAGGCAUGUAGAUUAGGCUACCAGG